AUGCUCAUCCAUAACGUCGCACGUCGGUGCUGUUCGACCACGUUCAAGCGAUCGUACGCGUCCGUGUCGUCAUCCUCGUCGCCCAUAAACCCAAACACAGUACGCCCGUUCCAGGUCUUCGACCGUAACGCGAAGCGUCUCCAGAAAGACCGCGCAGCGUCUCGAGAGGAUGGCGUUCGUAGCAGAAUAGUGGAUUACGUCCGUGAUGAAGUUGCCGACAGGAUGAUUGAAAGGCUCUUGGACAUCAAACGGAAAUUUAACACGAUACUUGAUCUCGGCUCAGGUCCUGGUCACUUCUCCAGAUUGCUAGAGUAUGAAACGACUAACAAGGUGGUAAUGCUCGAAUCGAGUGAAAAGCUUCUACAUCGUGAUCCGGACACUGAGUUUGAUGUAGAAGUGAAGAGGAUUUAUGCAGACGAGGAGGACUUGCUGAAGGUCGUGGAGCCAAACUCCCAAGAAGCCAUCGUCUCAUGUCUUAGUUUACACUGGGUAAACGACCUACCCGGAAUCCUCAUCCAGAUAAAGGAAGCACUUCAACCCGACGGAGUAUUCAUGGCGGCACUAUUUGGUGGAGAUACGCUCUUCGAACUCAGAACUGCCCUUCAACUAGCCGAAGUUGAGCGAGAAGGAGGCAUCUCCCCACAUGUUUCACCAAUGACAGAUUCACGGGACAUGUCCAACCUCCUGGGGCGCGCCGGAUUCACCCUUUUAACAGUAGAUGUAGAUGAAGUCAAGGUGGCAUAUCCGUCCAUGUGGGAGCUGAUGGACGACCUGCGUGACAUGGGAGAGAGUAACGCAGUGAUUGGUAGACGGAAUUUCAUACAUCGCGACACCCUUACCGCUGCUUCUGCCAUAUACAAGGAGUUGCACGGUCAUGAAAACGGGAGUGUUCCAGCGACUUUUCAGAUUAUCUAUGUUAUCGGGUGGAAACCUGCUCCUACGCAACCAAAGCCCCUUGAACGAGGAACCGGUAGGACAAGUCUGAAAGAAGUCCUGUAA